ACUGCUUAGUGUUUUUGAAAGGUCAAUAAUAAUAAUGGUCAUAAUAGUAAUGGGAUAUAAAAGGGAAUAGUAUUUCCAGCGCUGGGUGCUCUUAGUCAACAGUGAAAGAACACACCCGGGUAAACUGACAAUGUUAUAUUUAUACUGCUACCUCGCUGAGGUACACGCAUAUUCUGGUAUUUAAUGUAUUAUUCAGACCUUUUUUCGAACUUUCUGAUGUUUUGGCAUCUUCUUUGUCUGACUUCUUCACACUCUUAUCUGCAUGAUAUCCUAAGUGUCACAUCCAGAUGUUUUAUUUCUUCUUGUGUCUCCAUCCAGCUGUUUCACAUCCUCUGGAUAAGAUUUUAGUAUGUUUAAAUUUAACAUGGUACCUCUAAGUAUUCUGUGGUGCUCUGGUUUCUGUCACCGUUAUUUUAUAUCUUGGACAGGUUGGUCAGUGGAUGGCCUUACACUGUUUGUAGUCGCAGAAAAGUCUUUUUCACAUUCUUUGGUUAAGGUCUAUAACACAGUACAUUCAUCACACUAUCAUUUCCAUAAGUGAUACACAGACACUGUGUUCAUUACAUUACAAUUUCUAUGGGCGAUGUGGUGCCUGCUGAAGGUAACACAUUAUAUGUUAUUAACAGGCAGCUAAAAAGAGUUAGAAUUGAUACUAUAUCUAAAUCAUUAUAAUCACUAAGAACAUGCAUAGGUUCGUACAUAAAUGCAAAAGCCAAAAUUAUUGAGUCAUUUUUCCCACAGGCAGGGAGCUGCAACGGCCGUGCCGGCGCUCGGUGUGCCCGGGCUCCGAGGCGCCGGGGCAGGGAAUCAUGCGGGGCACAAUGGUGAGCAGCCCGGGGCUGCUGCUUCUCGCCCCUCGGCAGGCGGACUCCGAGCCGCAGCUGCCCCGGGCCAGCAGCAGCCGGCAGCUCGCAGGCGCUCUCAGCGCCCGGCCCGGCACGGAGCUGGGCUGCAGCGGCUGCAGAGCCACAGGGGCCGCGGCUGCGGCCACCGCAGAGCUGCCGGAGGCUGCGCUUGUCUCCGCACCUGCUGCCGCACCUCUGGGCAGCGGCGACAGCGCAGCCACAGCUGCCACCGCCCUCCUGAGCCCCCGCACGGCCGGCACCAGCAGCGACCUCUCAUCGUGUCCCUUUCAGGGUGCCAUCAGCGCGGCUGCAAAGCUGUUCCCGAGGCCGAGCUCCCAAAGGAUCUGCCAGCACUCAUGAUGAAGCUCCUGCAUCUCCAGGAGGGACCAGCAGCCGCGAUUCCACACUUGCCUGGGGCCCAAGAAGCCUCUUGGCAUAAGCAGGGGGAUGCCACUUGUGAGCGUGCAGUGAGUGCAGAUGUGGAGAAUGGAUCCUGCACCAGAAAGGGGAGCGUGAGAGAGCCCCUGGCUCCCCAGGGCACAGCAGCAACGGGCAAUGAGCACAAAAGGAACCUCAGAAGAUUCCUGGGUGAACGGUUCAGGUGCCAUCCCGUGGGCACGGCGGUGCUGAUUCUGCUGCUCCUGGUGCUGGUGCUGGCUUUGGGGGCGGCCUUGGCUGUGCUGGCAGCACCACAGGUUCCAGUCACACCUGCGACACCCCUGGUGGUUCUGGGCUGUCCCCAUGGCUGGGUUGGGUACAAGGGUGUCUGCUACGGAUUCUCAAGGGAAUACAGCACGUGGGAUCAGGGUCAGGAACGGUGCUCCGAGCUCAAUGCCUCCCUGGCCAUUGCCAAGGAUGAGGAGGCCAUGGAUUUGCUCUUCCGCCUCUGCCACAAUGUCGGUUUCUGGCUCGGGCUGCGCAGACGGGGCGAGCGCCUGCAGUGGGGGGACGGCAGCAGCUACAGCUCCCGGGUUCCUGUCCUUGGCAAUUCCGACUGUGUGUACCUGGCUGACAAGAGAUUCAGGAGCAUGAACUGCUCCAAUGAGCGGCCGUAUGUCUGCAGCAAGGCCCAAGCUCCCCUGUAACAGGGGCUGCACAAAGGACCUUCUCCACGCUGGGCAGUGCCAGCUUCACCUCUGAGCCCAGCACAGCGCUGUCCUUCCUCAGCUGCGCCCUGUGCCUUGCACUUCCUCUCAGGGUCACCUCAGUGCCUCUCCAUCCCCAGUGCCAGCGCUGGGCUGGGGCUGCAAAGGAAAAGUCUCUGCAAUCCAUCCUGGCACCGAUGCUGCCUGCAGUGAGUGCAUUGCCCUCAUUAUGUGUGGGAAAUACGGCUCACUAUUUACACUUUUUAUAAAAGUUUAUUAUGGGUUUAAGUCCUGCCCUGGGGUGCUUGUCUGCUUGCACAGGGUUAACUCAACCUACGCUUUCUAUAUGCUGUUACAUAUAUAGAGCUACAUGUACAUUUAUAAGAGUGCAUGUAGCUCUAAUAUUUAAGGAUUAUAAUAUGAAAUAUAUUAUUAAAUUGUAUAUAUGUAAUAUAUGUAAAUUUUGAACAGCUUUUAAGAAUUGCACCAUAACUUUGAAUUUUCUUGCUGGUUUAGGUUUUU